AUGUCUCUCGUACAGUGUAUAUGUACAUUAACAAAAAGACGAAACGUGUUUUUUGUUAUUUCUUAUUUUCGUCACAAAUCGGAUAUUCGUAAUCCUGGUGAGAACCGCCGUCCCAGUUCGAAUUUCCCCCCUCACCCUGCACAAUCUUGUGCGCAAGGACCUCAGCGUCCCCCAUUUUACUGCUGUCCGCGUACUAAAUACGAUGUACAAUAUACGUACAUAAACGACCAGUCGCCAUCGACGACAAUGAGAGACAUCUUUGAUCGGGCCUCGCAAACUUUGUUUUGGACAGAAAUAGUCCGAGGUUUUGCCGUAACUUUAGGACAUUUGUUCAAAGAGCCAGCAACAAUCAAUUACCCUUUUGAGAAAGGUCCUCUUUCUCCAAGAUUUAGGGGAGAACAUGCCUUACGAAGGUAUCCCUCCGGCGAGGAGAGAUGCAUUGCUUGCAAGCUUUGCGAGGCGAUUUGUCCUGCUCAAGCCAUAACCAUUGAGGCGGAAGAAAGAUGUGACGGUUCCCGGAGAGCAACAAGAUACGAUAUAGACAUGACUAAAUGCAUAUUUUGUGGAUAUUGCCAGGAAGCAUGUCCUGUUGAUGCAAUAGUCGAAGGACCAAAUUUCGAGUAUUGUACUGAAACCCACGAAGAGCUUCUAUAUAACAAAGAAAAACUGUUAUCAAACGGUGAUAGGUGGGAGCCAGAGAUCGCAAGUAACAUCAGAGAUAAUCAUUUAUAUCGUUAA